AUGCGCUCCCCCUCACGUAUUGGAGGGCCACGGCUCUCCAGGAGUUCCAAUCGCCAAAGUAAUCAAUGCAGUGGCGCGAAUCCCUUCGGCAUCUCUUCGGAAGCCGGCAUUCCGGUCCCGCAGGGAAGCCCACGCCCAGGGCCCCGCAGCAGGAGCGCGGGUCCGCGCGGCGCGCCCGCCCGCUCCACCUGGUGCGGCCUGGUCGGCCCGCAGCGCCGGGCCCUCGGCGCCACGCGACCCGCCGCGACGCGGCCGCCGGGACCCCCGAGAUGUGCAGUGCGUCGUGUAGGCGCCGCGUGCCCCCAGUCCCUCCUCCGCUUCCCGGGGCCGCGCACGCCGCCCUGGCCCCGCCCCGCGCACGCCGGGGGAGGCGGGGCCUCGGGAAGCGACGCCGGCGCCGGGCCCGCCUCAGACGACGGCACGCCGAUGGCCGACUCGCUCGCCCAGCCGCUGCCUGGCCGAAAGGCUGGGACUCCGGCCGCUGCCCGUAAGACCACAGGCAUUAAACAGACAAGUGCCUCCAAGCAAGAAGAUGUUAAGAGGAGAGCAGAACUAGAAGCGGCUGUGAGAAAGAAGAUUGAGUUUGAGAGAAGAGCUCUACAUCUCGUGGAACAGCUUUUAGAAGAGAAUAUUACAGAAGAUUUCCUAAUAGAAUGUGGAAAGGUCAUCACAUCUGAUCACUACAAUGAUGUCGUGGAUGAGCGUUCCAUUAGUAAACUCUGUGGUUAUCCUUUAUGUCAGAAGAAACUGGGAAUAGUUCCAAAACAGAAAUAUAAAAUUUCUACAAAAACCAAUAAAGUCUAUGAUAUUACUGAAAGAAAGUGUUUUUGCAGCAAUUUUUGUUACAAAGCAUCCAAGAUGUUUCAAGCACAAAUUCCAAAAACUCCAGUAUGGAUUCGAGGAGAAGAAGAAAGACACCCUGGUUUUCAGCUGCUAAAGGAAGGACAAAGUGGCCACUCUGGAGAAGAAGUCCAAUUGUGCACUCAGGCCAUUAAAACAUCGGAUAUUGACGAUCCUGGCUGUUCUGAAAAGCAGUAUGAAUCCAGUUCUCCUAGCACCUGUAGUGAUAGUAGCAGUGAUGAUGAGCAAGACUUUGUUUCCUCCAUUCUUCCAGGAAACAAACCAAGUGCAACGGGCGUACAGCCACAGCUGCACAGAAAAGGCAGCAUGAAAAAGAAAGCUGAUCGCCAAGUUCCCUCCCAACAGAAAGACCAAGGGAAGGCAACAGUAGAUGUUGCGGCGCAGUUAGGCAGUUGCAGAUUAGGUAAUCAGGAGAAAGCGGUGCUGGCGGCUGCUGCUGUUUGUGUACUUCCUUCACAAAAUGUAAACACUCAGAUUUCGUCAGACUGUCCUUUGCAAGAAAAAGUCAAAGCUGAAAAGUCUGAAAAUAGAUACCGGAGCUCAGAAAUAACUCUCGUAGGCAUAAGUAAGAAAAGUGCAGAAUAUUUUAAGAACAAAUUUGCCAAAUCAAACCACGUUUCUAGGUCAGGGCAAGUCUGUCCUGAAGUUGCAAAGACAAACUUGCUUAAAGUCCUGAAGGAGACUUUUAUGGAGUGGAAGACAGAAGAAACCUUGAGGUUCUUACAUGGUCAGAAUUAUGCAUCUGUGUGUCUGAGAGCCCCUUCGGCCCUUCUGACACAAGCAGAAGAACUUGAUGAGGAUGACUUCAGCUCCGACCCAGCCCGUCACGCCCCUGCCCUACGGAACUCUGCGAUUAGUUUGGAUGAGGCUUUGCCUUUCCGGGGAUCAGAUACAGCCACUAAACCAUUACCAAGUUACGAGAACUUGAAAAAAGAAACUGAAACACUAAAUGUAAGGAUUAGGGAGUUUUAUAGAGGACAAUAUGUUUUGAAUGAAGAAUCUACAAAAUCCCAAGACUCAGAAGAGCGUGAUCCCACCUUUCCACUGAUAGAUUCAAGUUCUCAAAACCAGAUUCGAAAACGCAUUGUACUUGAAAAACUGAGUAAAAUAUUGCCUGGACUUUUGAGGCCUCUUCAGAUUGCAUUAGGAGAUAUUUACACACAACUGAAAAAUCUUGUCCGAACUUUCAGAUUAACAAAUAGAAAUAUUAUACACAAACCUACCGAAUGGACCUUAAUUGCUGUGGUGUUGCUGUCAUUACUGGUCCCAAGACUUGGUAUUCAGAAGCAUUCUGAAGAAAAUGUGGUGUUUACACAGUUUAUAGCUACCUUGCUUGAAGAAUUACAUUUAAAGAAUGAAGACCUUGAAAGUUUAACCACCAUUUUUAGAACAAACUGUUAAUAAAGAGUGAUGGAAUCCAUGAUGAGAGAAUAGAGCAUGAACUUCUAUUCACCAUUUCUGGAAGGGUGGUUCUGAUGAGGGUCUGCUGGCAACUGAUAACCAGCGUUAUUCCAAGAACAACCUUGGCCUCCUUAGAUUUCAAACUUAUCCCCCAGCCUCUAAUUGCAGAGUGACACCUCCGAGAAAAAUCAGUAUUUCAAGAAGGAUGAGCCCUUGUGUCCUUAGCUACAAGAGAGAGUAUAUUGAUUUAUUUUAAAAUGAAAGUUAAAACUUGAAACAAUAUUUGAGAAAAUAUAAUGAUCUCUUAUUUUUCCUGGGUGAUUCCCACAAGCAUAUUAGCUAUUCAAAAAAUUAGGAAGAUGUUUGCUAUAGAGUACACCACUUAAAAACAUGCUACAUGAAAGAAGUCCGCUCUAGUAGCUCACAUGUGGCAUGCAUCCAUUGAUAGGAAACAUUCAAAAAUUGACGUCUUUGAAGUAGGUCUCAGAUCCAUGGCUGCAUGGGGACUUUCUGUACGAGGACACACAAGAUCUUCCUAGAGAGCUAAACAUGUUCUAAAACAGAAUUGGAAUUUUUGUGAUUCAUUUUAAAAAUCAAUUUUUUUAAAAUAGUUUUACUUGUGCACUUAAAACAGAUAGGUUUUAUAUCUGUAAACUGUAAGUACUUCAAUAAAACUGUGUUAAAAAUCAUAA